GGGUUUGGUGUGGUGAAUACCGAUUUGACUGCUGAACAGCGUUUAAUCAUCAGCCGAUGUUUAACAACGGUUGGUGAAUACGGCCGUUCAUGUAGUAAACCUUUAUUCAAAUAACCUGAAAAAUUUCAGGGUCAUUAUUUUUUUUCUACCCAUUAUUCAAAAUGAAUAAAGAAACAAAUUUUCUGGCAUGUUUUUCACAUCAGCUUGAUUUACUUGAAUCUGAGGGUAGAUACAUUGAAAUGUCAAAUAAUAUUUUACAUAUGAUGGUUAAGAAUGUUGAUUUAAGUCCAUUAGCUGGUAAAAUCAUUAAAUUUUUAGCAAUUCCAUAUCCUCCUUGUAAGAAGGUUUUAUAUGCAUUUUUGACCAGAUACUCUACAAAUAUCGCUGACUUAAAUAUCCUUGCAACCAACAGUUUGCUGAAGGAUUUUCAGGAUCCAAAUCCAUUCAUUAGAAGACUGGUGAUUAAAACUAUCUGUUCCAUACCUUGUCUGUUUGAACUUGCAUUUCAAUUACUACCCCAAGCUUUAUGUGACAGCAGUUCAUAUGUGCGUUGUACUGCUGCAGCUGCAUGCUCUUUGGUUAUAACAGACAGCAAUGUUAAAGACAACCAAGAAGUUAUCGACAAGUUAUAUGAGAUGAUUAGAGAUCCUGAUCCUACAGUUGUAUGCAGCAGUUUGUCUGCUUUGAAUGAGAUUUUAUAUUCAGAUGGUGGCGUUGUAAUAAAUUCUAAAAUUAUAUUUUACCUUCUGAGCAGGAUUUCAGAAUUUCAAGAAUGGAAUGUAACUGUUAUUUAUUUGGUUAUGAAGAAAUAUGUUCCCAAAAAUACAGACGAACUGUUACGCUUUUUAAAUGCCCUUGAUGAUAAAUUGCUUGAUAGAAAUCCAGCAAUAUUCACAAAUGCAGCUGAUCUUGCUUUGCAUUAUAUUCAACAGUUAAAUAAAGACUUUUCUGAGGAUAUCAUUCAGCAAAUUUCUCCACAAUUAAAAUUAUUACUUAGUCAUUCCAGUACGGAAACUCUUGCUUCUGUGUUGGACGUAAUUGAAGUCUUUGUGCCUAAACAUAAGGCAGUAUUUGUAUCCUUUUAUAAAUUAUUUUUCUGUCGUUUCUCAGACACCUGCAUAAUUAAAGUAAAGAAGCUGAAGAUUCUCACAGAAUUAAUCAACUCUAAUAAUGUUUUAGACAUAGCUGAUGAGUUGUUGUUACAUUGCUGUGAUAUUACAAGAGAAGUAUCCCAUCAAGCUGUGCACAGUUUCAGUACAGUAAUACGAAGAUAUCCUGAAUUGAAGACUCAUUUAAAUACCUUUAUCAGCUUGAUGGACAUACAGUAUAAUGGUUUGAGUGAAGACAUUUUAAGUGCUCUAAGCAUAAUAGACUUGAAUGGAGACUCUCAUAUCAAAGAUGUUGUUCUUGCAGCUGUAUCAAAACAUGCUGAUAAAGUAAACAAUGUAGAAUCAAAACUUUGUCUGCUGAAAUUCAUAGGGCGAUAUGGCAGAGAAAUCGAGGAUUCACCAUACAUGAUUGAAAGGAUUCUAAAUGAUGAACUAAGUUUUCAAAAUGAAAAAUUGAUGAGUUUUCUGUUAAUGAUCACUGUUAAGCUGUUUCUUAUUCGACCUGAAGAAAUGCAAUUAAUAUUGGGUCAGGUUCUUCAAAAUUUUCAGAAAUCUUCUUGUCUUCUCUUAAAGAAACAAGCAUCCUUGUAUUACAGUCUGUUGAAAGAUAUUCCCAUUUCCAAGAAAGUGUUCCAAAUUGAUGAUACAUGUUUGUCUACCAGUGAGACUAACUGAAAACCAAAGAAUUGUAUAGGUGUUUUAUUAUCAAAUUUUGCAUAUACAGCUAUUAUUUUAAUAAUUUAUAAAAAUUAUAUAAAUAAAAAGAUGUUUCAAUAUU